AUCCCAACGUCGAAGCUCGCCUUCGUCGGACGCGUGUGUUAGACUAAUGCGUGCGCGGCGUACGAUGGAGAAGCCAUGACGCAUCCGUCGCAUCAAACCAACGGCGCCAGCCUGGAGGACUGCCACACGAAUUUCUUCGCACUGACGUCUCUCUGUGGUAUCAAAUGGAGAAAACUCGUUUGGGGCGAGGUGGCCGGCGGAUUUGGUGGUACUCCUCUCGAGGAUCCGGUGCUGUCAAGCUUCUCACGAUGUCUUGCUGGUGACAUCCUGUGCGUGUGGCGGCGUGUGGCCGGCACGCCGGCUUCCAACGGCCCGGCGGCCGUCGCCGCCGCCGCCGCUUCGGCGCCCGGGGCUGGCAUCUUCGACCUGGGCAUCGCGCCCUCGCCCGCGCCCCCGCCGCUCUCCCUCAACGCCGCCAAGGAGCUCUGGAUCUUCUGGUACGGCGAGGAACCCGAUCUCUCCGGUCUCGUAUCGCCGGAGCUCAUCGCUUGCGAAAGCGAGCAGGGUUCUUGGGAAAGCGGAUUGUCGUACGAGUGCCGAUCACUUCUUUUCAAGGCUCUGCAUAACUUGAUCGAACGGUGUUUGCUAUCCCGUGACUUUGUUCGCUUAGGAAAGUGGUUUGUGCAACCUUACGAUGGCUUCGAGAAACACCGUUGCAGCAGCAGUCACUUGUCGUUCUCAUUUGCAUUCUUCGUUCACGGAGAAAGUACUGUGUGUGCGAGCGUGGACGUCAGGCAGCAUCCUGCUGUACGGCAUCUCACAAGGACGUGUCUACAACGUACUCAGACCUCCCAAUCUGGUGUUAAGGUGAUCUUAGCUCCUUACGGACUAGCGGGCACAUUGACGGGUCAGGUGAGCCGUGUGGACGGUCAACUUCUCGAAGAAUGGAAACAAUUUUAUCCGAUAAACAGCAGCAACACGGAAGCAGGCCUUCCACCCCUCGUGGAGGUCCUCGUCGGUGGCGUGCGCAUGCGUUAUCCCUCUUGUUACGUCUUAGUUACGGAUAUGGAUGAUACGCCACCCGAAAUUCCUCUCUCACCACCGAGCAGCCCCAUCACCUGCGAACGACCCCUCUUGACGCAACAGGAACUGAGGGCAGCUACUGAAUUACCAGAACGCGUAUGGGCAGAAUGCACUUUGAGUUCGCCAAUAUCUGCUUCCAAGACAGAAUCUUCCACGGAGCCUGGAACCUGGACGUUUGUCGAACCGACGCAAAAGUCUUCCUGUACCUGUUCGAACGGUUGCUGCUUCAGGACUCUGCAAGGCGAAGCCAUAGAGAAGAUGCGUGCAAAGAAACGAGAUGUUAAGUACGUCGGUUGCAGGUAUACGACCCCCGGGGGUUGGAAGAGCCUGGCCUCCUCUCAGGUUCAGAGGGAGAGGGUAGAUAAAGGUGGACGGAGGGUCGUGCCGUUUCACCGACGCUCUACCACCCAGUGGGACGCUUGUCCCUCUGUCCCUGCCAAUGCCCCCAGGUCCGUACUGAAUAGAACAGAAGCACCUAGUACACCACCGGGCGGCCCUCCCUCGUACUCACGCGGGCCACCAACGGGAGGCGAUUGUCUACCAGUUCCGUCGGUCGGCUCGCCAGGUUCCCCGGCACCGUCGCCUCUUCCAACACCGCACUCUGAGCCGGCAUCAGUGCCGCCAGCAGAACCCACGAUGCCGACCCUCAGUCCACAACCACCACCCAGUCACACGAACACUGCCCCACCUUUGACCCCGUCGCAAGGGCCCAAGUCUAUUUCUUCCGCGUGCAACAAUCAGGUGCAUAGUCCUGCACCUGGGCCGAUACUGAAGCGACCGACCUUGAUGUCCAAGGAUUACGAGGGUGCUCUCUUGGAAGACGAUCGUCCUCUAUCCAUUCUAUAUGAUUAUUCGACGCAGGAGGCGUGGCUGAAUCAUCCUGUGAAGCGUUUCAAAACCAACGACAUGGAACCGAUCGACGUGCGGAGCAAUACUCUGUACCCACCGAUGAACUCUCAGACGCAUCAGUCUCAAGCACCCAAGCUGGAAGUCCCCCAGGAACCGGUCGCGGUGGGAGAGUGUAUUGGAAGAAGAACGGAUCCCUACGAGUUCGACGCGACAGGCGAAGAGAACGGCACAAACGUCGACGGACUCAGGCGACAGAGGGAUGACCCGACUAAGCCAGGAUCUCUAUUCACUAGCGAGGGCCUCCAACCAUCCUACAAAGAUCUAGAUCAAAUAUUCGACAACUCUGAUCCUGAUACUUCUAGCGACGAAACGAAUCUGAAUCAACUGCAAAUACAAACGCCACCAGGCUCCAACAAAUCCGGUGGAUUGCAUGAGGAGACGAGAAUAGAUGGCACCAACAAAAAUAAUCGAGGUGUCACAGUUCUGCGACCAGAAGAACUUUCCAAGAUGUUUCCGACUCCGCCGUCUCUUGAACACAAUCCGGUAGCUUCUCCUUGUCAGCUGAACGACCCUCUCAUGGACCAGACUGACCUCCUUAUACCCACACGACCGCUCAGGCAUGUACCCGAUAUCUAUCCCAAUAUGGGCUCUCCCCAAGAGGAGCCAAUCGACGAUUGGUCGUACGUGUUCAAGCCGACAUCCAUCUGCAAGAUGGUCGGUUCUUCCAAAUAUGCACCCCUUACGAAUCUGCCUAGCCAAUCCCUGCCAUCCAUCACACUGCCAUCGCACUGCGUGUACAGACCUUCCUGGCAGUGCAAUCCUGCUUCCACCAACGCGGAGAAACCUCUUCCACCAACUAGGCCCGGAUCCGUGCAACAACAGCAACAGCAGCAACAACAGCAGCAGCAGCAGCAACAAUCGCAGCAACAGCCGCCGCAACAACCGCAGCAACAACAGCAGCAGCAUCCUUGUCCGCAGAGUCCGGCACCUUUGAGCGCGCCUUAUCGUGCGGCUACUCUUCCCGGAAGGCCACCCCCGCCUCCGUACGACCAACCAAGUCCGGCUACUUCCACCACAUCCUCGUAUCUCAAUAAGAACUUGAACAGCAUCGAGGCGGACACGCCGGGACCCACUCGUGCGCCUGAAUCGAAUUCCCUCGUGGUGAAUAUUCUUCUAGGCGACACUGCGCUAAAUAUCUUCCGCGAUCAUAACUUUGACAGCGGCAGCUUGUGCGUGUGCAACGCCGGGCCAAAAGUCGUGGGAAAUAUCAAAGGCGCCGACGCGGGCAUCUACCUUAGCAAUUCGUGGAUGGGCACCGCGCUGUUCCAGGACGACGAUCAGAUCAGGUGCAGCUGCGGCUUCAGCGCAGUAGUGAAUCGCCGACUGGCGCACAGAGCGGGCCUAUUCUAUGAGGACGAAAUGGAAAUCACGGGCAUCGCGGAGGACCCCGCGGAGAAGAAGAAGGGCUCGCUCGCCGCGGUCGCGUGUCCCGGCGGCAAGCCGCCGGAUGGUCUCGACACGAUACCACCGAACGUGCUCGAAUUACUGCGAGAACAAUGCCUGAUCGUUCAGAGCUCGGCCAGCAGUCUGUACAGAGCGGCUAGGAUAUGCGCCACGACGAAGAGCUAUCCGACGUUAACGCCGACGGUCAACACUUUGGAGUUCAACGACGGCAACGAGGUGUCUCUCGCGGCACUUGACCAGGCCAAGAUCGACGGUACGCACAACGAAAGAACCAAUCGCGUCAACGGCGUGCACCGGUGGGUGUUCCUGCGAGCGAGGGGACCGCAGUGCAGCGGCGACAUCGUGCGUAUGAUGAGAUCGUUGCAGCCACUGCUCCAGGACGCCGUGCAAAAGAAGUGCACCACGCGUAUGUGGGAGGCACCGUACACCGUCACCGGUCCGCUCACGUGGCGACAGUUUCACCGUCUGGCUGGUCGUGGCACCGACGAUCGUUGCGAACCGCAACCGAUUCCCGCUCUGGUCGUCGGCUACGAUCGAGACUGGUUAUCCUUGUCGCCGUAUGCUCUCAGUUAUUGGGAGAAGUUGUUGUUAGAACCAUACGCCGGGCCCCGAGACGUCGCGUAUGUUGUGGUCGCACCGGAUAGCGACUGUGUCGUCAAUAAAGUUAAAUCGUUUUUCCGAGAGCUGUCUACUACGUACGAGAUAUGUCGGUUAGGAAGACACACGCCGAUUUCGAAAACGCUACGCGACGGGAUUCUGCGUGUCGGCAAGUCGACCGUGCAGAAGUUAACCAAGUCACCGGUAGACGACUGGUUUAAGCUUCUGGGAGAGAAUCAUAUAGGGGAGUUACUGAGGCUAUAUGCCCAAGUGUGCAACAGUCGAUUAGCUCCGUAUCUUACGCAAAUUAUACAAGAUCGCAGUCUGUUGGAUCCCAGUGACGCACAGCCGCCUAACAAUAAGCAGCAACAACAGCAACCUGCUAUUCCCGUUCCCGACACGAUGCCUGCUACUCCUGACGUGUUAACAACCAAGCCCGAAUCUGUUGAAGGAGAGAAUCCGAGGAGCGAGACUCCCUCCUCGAACACGGCGACGAACCAAACCAACACCAACGCUGGUAACACGACACCGACCUCGCAGACGACAACCACUACGCCCAUCACCACGACCGCGGGCCCGGACGAGGAAGAGAUUGAACCACCGGCUGUUGUUGUCUAUCUCGUCGAUCCUUUCUCGUUGGGUGGCACCGAGGAUCCCGAUCGACGACGGCUCGCCAUUGUGGCUCUACUCAGAGCUUACUCCUCCGCAAUCAACAGCAUGCCUGAAAAUAUUAGAUCGAAUAUCAAUGUGCAGUUAAUAUCCUUGGAGAGCAUUAUGGAACUGGGACGCGCUAGGGAGAGGCGAAAAAUUCAAGACGAGAUGAGAGCUCUGGCUCUGAACGUUUUUCUGCAAGGACGUCGAUUACUGAAUCACAAUUCCAUGGUGAAGAGCCUCACCGGUUUCGGUACUGCCGCCGCCGCAGAUAUCUUCCUCAAGAGUAAAGACUCGUUUAGUAAUACUCUUGCAACUAUACAUCAGGAACGGAACAAGGCGCCUUACCGGCUCUACGCACCGGCCUACGUGCUAGCACCGUUGCGAGCAAAGAGCGAAGCACCCGAAUCGUUCGGUAUGCCGGGACCAGAGGAAUGCGCGGUGCUGUACUUGAGCUAUUGCUUGAGCGAAGAUCAGUCCUGGUUGUUAGCCACCGCGACAGACGACAGGGGUGAAAUUUUCGAGACCGCUACCAUUAACAUUGACAUACCCAACAGGAAAAGAAGAAAGCGCGCCUCGGCUAGGCGCAUUGGCCUCCAAAAGCUCAUGGACUUUAUACUUGGUGUAAUGUCUCAGGGUGUGCAACCAUGGAGAUUGGUUGUAGGGCGAGUAGGACGUAUUGGACAUGGUGAAUUAAAGGGAUGGAGUUGGUUACUUUCUAGAAAAGCACUUCUGAAAGCGUCUAAGCAUCUAAAAGAGAUAUGCGGUCAAUGUAGUCUCAUGUAUCCUUCAGCGGCACCAUGCGUACUCAGUGCGUGCUUAGUCUCGCUCGAGCCAGACUCUACUCUCAGAUUAAUGGCCGAUCAGUUCACUCCCGACGAGAGAUUCAGUCAAGCAUCCGUAAACUGCCAAUUAUCCACACCGCAGGAUGUCACGUGUACUCAUAUACUUGUUUUUCCCACGUCCGCUACUUCUCAGUCAUCGCAGACAGCGUUUCAAGAACAACACAUUAACGUACUGGGAGACGAUGAAUUGUUCGAGUUCUCCGCUCUAAACGACGAUAUGCCGGAAGGCAUGGAGGGAAUGGGCGACUUUAAUGAUAUAUUCAAUGUUUGGCCCGAACCAGGAGCAGGCGGUGGACAGAGCCCGGGCGGAAGUCCACAUCGUCAGGAAGGAUCGCCACUCGGCGGGGACGGUGGUGGAUCAGGCUUGGGCAAUCAUGAUGGUCCUGGUAGUCCGUUUCCAUGCAGUAAUACUCCAAGAGUAGCGAUAGCCGAGCAAACGGAAGAAGUUGGCACACUUUUGCAGCAACCGCUCGCUCUCGGUUAUCUAGUAUCGACUGCGCCAACGGGGCGUAUGCCACCAUGGUUUUGGGCAGCCUGUCCGCAUCUCGAGAACGUUUGUCCGGUUUUCUUGAAGAACGCAUUACAUCUGCACAGUCCCGCGAUACAGCAAAACAGUGAUGACUUACUUCAGCAGCAAAGCGCACCUACUGCUCAUCCGUUGGAUUCGCAAUAUACCACUGACGUGCUCAGGUAUGUUUUGGAAGGGUACAACGCACUGUCGUGGCUCGCGAUGGACGCAAACACCAAGGAUCGGCUGUCCUGCUUACCGGUGCACAUACAGGCGCUCAUGCAACUUUACCAUACAACGGCAGCUCUCGUCUGACCCACACCCUCUCCCUUUGUAGUGCAGUAUGUGCACCUCUCUCACGCACUCCUCCUUAUCGUACCGUCACUCGGGGCUUUACGAGAGCAACUGAUUUCCUAUGCCCUUUACCUAAAUACGUUAGUGACUUAGAGAGAUUGUCUAGGUACAGAGUACGUACGAUCCUUCGACCAGCAGCCGUCGAUGAUUCCUCACGUGUAAAAAGCAAACCCGAGCCUUUUUUACUCGGAAUAAUAAUUAAAAUACGACACACACGUUAAUAUGAAUACAAUGGCUGAAAAAUGAAAAAAAAAAUAAUACUGAAUACCCGAUAAACGAUCAGCACAGCGACUCUCUUUACCAUUUUUCUAUUAUAAACAGGCGAACUAUAGAUUGUACUUUGUGUUUACGAAUAUUGAGUAAGGAAACGAGAUGCGUGUCCGCAGUACGACCAUUGUCAGCGAAAGCAGCAUUACGAGCGCAUGUGAAACUUUAGCGGUAUGACAGAGAGAAGCGAAUGUGUUGCGCAAGUGACUGUGAGCGAUGAGAGACGCUGUAGGGAAGAAAGAGGGAUAACAUAGGAGAGAAUGAGAGAUAAAAGAGAGUAUAUAGGAAUGAGAGAGAGAGAGAAACGAUGGAUGGAAGAGAAGAUUGUAUGAGAGAGAACGGAAGAGAGAAAGAAAGCGAGAGAAAGCAAAUGAAUAGGAGAGUGCAUAAUAAGAAAAUGAUUUUCGAUUGCCUCUCUGUCGAUAGAUAGUUCAAUUACAAAUCAGAAUCUCUAGAAAAUUAUGUAACCAAAAGUUUUUAAUUGUAAAUUGAAUUUUGUACAAAGCUUUUAUUAUUAAUAACGACGAAGUAAUAUAAAUGAUAUUACGUUGUUUUUUAAUUUUAUAUAGAUGAUAUAAAAAAAAAGAAAGAGAGGUGGACUUCUUUUUUAUAAGCGAUGCCUCGUACAAGCCCCUGGUGUGAAGAUAAGUAUGACGAUUAUAAUAUUAUAUUAUGCUCGCGCGGCACUGGGUCGCUGUUAUCAUGUUUCCCGGACCCGUUAGCGCAAUUUUUCGAUGCUGUUUGACAAAUUUUAUUCGGAUUAGGUGACCUCUAUAUAUUAUACAUACAUUAUAGUGUGUAAAAUAUUGUUUUUAAAUAAUUUAUGAAGUGAGACAUCGCCGAGAUUAGAUAAUUGAAUGAGAGAGAGGGAGAUUAUAACGCGAAUGAGAGAGCAAGGAAGAAAGAGAGAGAAAGAAUAAGCCAGUUAUAGAUUGCAGAGAUUGUUUCCUUCAAUUUAAUCGAAUGAAGAAAAAAAGAAAUGAAAAGACACGAAGAGAGAAAUGUGGGGCGCGUCUGAAUGGAGCCACGGUGGCCAAUUGCGUCAGUCGCAUAGUACAAAUAUGACUUGUACAUAGAACCCCCUCCCCCCUAAUUAAUUGGUUAAUUUACUCACACACCCACACUCACUCUGUAUCUAUAGUAUUUAUUACUGGGUAGUAUGUCAUUAUUGGGAUUAUUAUUAUUAAAAAAUUAUUAUUAUUACCAUUAUUAUAUAUUAAUAUUACGAAAUACAGUUUUAUGUGUAUAUAUAA